GCGGCGUCCGGAAUGGCUGUCGACGACGAAUGCAAGCUGAAAUUCUUGGAGCUAAAGGCGAAGAGGAACUACCGGUACAUCAUAUUCAAGAUUCACGAGCAACAAGUGGUGGUCGAUAAAGUCGGGAACCCGGCGUCGAGUUACGAGGAGUUCACGGCAUCCCUGCCUACCGACGAGUGCCGAUACGCCGUCUUUGAUUUUGAUUUCACCACCGAUGAGAACUGCCAGAAAAGCAAAAUCUUCUUCAUUGCAUGGUCGCCCGAUACAUCAAGGGUGAGAAGCAAGAUGGUGUACGCAAGCUCCAAGGACAGAUUCAAGAGGGAACUUGAUGGCAUUCAAGUGGAGUUGCAGGCAACAGAUCCUAGUGAAAUGAGCUUCGACAUCAUUAAAUGCCGUGCAAUUUAAACGCUGUCGUUUUGUUUGCCUAGUCUUCUUCUUCUUCUCCCCAAAACAUUUGAUCGGCCAUGGCCAUGGCC